GUAGGGAAUUCACACGGAUCCCGACAAGAUUUCGGCAGUACGGCAACUGAGACCGCCCACCACAUGCAAGGAGUUGAGGAGAUGUCUAGGGAUCGCGUCAUGGUACAGGAGAUUUGUACCCAACUUUUCCAGCGUAGUGCAGCCCAUGUCUUUGCUACUCAAGAAAGGAAAGAAAUGGCAAUGGGAGCAGGAGCAGCAAGAUGCGUUCGAGGAACUCAAAAGAAAACUCACGGAGGCACCGGAUCUCGCCUGCCCCGACUUCAACGAGAAGUUCGUGUUGCAAACAGACGCCAGAGACAUCGGCCUAGGAGCAGUUUUAACGCAGAAAAUCCAGGGAGAAGAACGAGUCAUCGCAUUCGCCAGCAGACGCCUCAGGAGAACUACUCCGCCACAGAAAAGGAGUGUCUGGCUAUUAUAUGGGCCAUCAGGAAACUCAUAUGCUACUUGGAAGGUUAUCGAUUCGAGGUGAUAACGGACCACCUCGCCUUGAAGUGGCUCAACUCGAUUGAUAAUCCGCGAUAUUGCCAGGUAUGUCCGCAAGUGUGACACUUGCCAACGGCUCAAAGUCAGCCAAAACAAACCGGCGGGCAAAAUGUUCACCAGACUGGUUAACGAGCCGUUCGAUACCGUCUGCGCCGAUUUUAUUGGGCCCCUUCCGCGAUCCAAGAGUGGGAAUACGAUGCUGCUCGUAUUCUUCGACGCCUUUUCGAAAUGGGUUAAGAUGGUCCCCUUGAGAAAAGCUACUUCGGCGCAUCUCGAAAAAUCCUUUCGGGAGAGGAUUUUGAAUCACUUUGGUAUUCCCCGAACAUUUGUCUGCGAUAACGGGACACAAUUUACGAGUCGUUCAUUCAAAGCU